UUUCUGCAGUCUUUAAAACUCCAGCCUACUGAAAUUAUUGUCCCAGAAACUGAUGUUUGGUUAGCUGAUAUCAUAAGAAAACAUCAAAUCACGGGUCAUCCUUUGCUCCUGGAUAAGUUUUGUCUACCGAUGAUCAUGAAAAGACAAGCAAUUGUAUUUUAGGAUAUUCUGACACCAAGAGUCUUUGUCCAUAAGACAACGUGGGAAGAGGUUUGUCAGCUUGCCAUUUGGUUUCCACUGCUAAACUUCUGGAGAGAUGGAUAUCCUUUAUGCCGUCUUUUGCAUUAUAACAAUAGCACUUGUACUUCUUCUCAUACUCUUUUCAGCCUCAGUACUCAGAAUAUUCAUAGGGAAAUCCAUCAGGAAUCUGAGCUACCCUCCGGUCGUGGGAACCGUUUUCGAUCAGCUCUUCUACUUCAACAGACUCUAUGACUACCAGACAGAAAUGGCGAAAAGACAUAAAACUUCCAGGCUUCUCACUCCAGAUCAAAGCGAGAUAUACACGACUGAACCGAGAAACAUUGAACAUAUACUGAAAACAAACUUCAGUAAUUACAGCAAGGGCCAUUAUAAUCAAGACAUACUGACUGACUUGUUUGGCCAAGGGAUUUUCAUCGUGGAUGGUGAAAAGUGGAGGCAGCAGAGGAAGCUGGCAAGCUUUGAGUUCUCGACGAGGGUGUUGAGAGACUUCAGCUGCUCGGUGUUCAGGAAAAACGCAGCAAAAUUGGUCGGAACAAUUUAUGAACUUUCCAAGAAUAACCAGGUUUUUGAUAUACAGGCUCUGUUAAUGAGAUGCACCCUGGAUUCGAUAUUCAAAGUUGGUUUCGGGGUUGAGUUAAAUUGCCUGGAAGGGUCAAAUGCAGAGGGGAACGAAUUUAUUAAAGCCUUUGAUGAUUCUAACGCAUUAGUAUACUGGCGUUAUGCUGAUCCUUUUUGGAAGCUGAAGCGCUAUCUCAACAUAGGUGGCGAAGCAACCCUGAAAAAGAACAUCAAAUUCAUCCAUAAUUUUGUCGACAAGGUGAUCAGAACCAAGAGAGCACAAAUGGAAAAGGAACAACAUUGUAAUGACAAAGAGGAUAUUCUUUCAAGAUUUCUGGUGGAGAGCAAGAAGGAUCCCCGAACGAUGACGGAUCAAUACUUGAGGGACAUUAUUCUAAACUUCAUGAUUGCUGGGAAAGACACCACUGCGAACACACUUUCUUGGUUUAUUUACGCCCUCUGCAAGAAUCCGCUGAUCCAAGAAAAUGUUGCACAAGAAGUCGGGAGAGUGAUCCGUUCUCCACAAAAUGAAGACUGUGUUGAUAAUUUUGUUGAAAGUAUAACUGAUGAAGCACUUGAAGAAAUGCAUUAUCUUCAUGCAACAUUGACCGAAACUUUGAGGCUCUACCCUGCAGUUCCUGUUGAUGGAAGAUGUGCUGAAACAGAUGACACUCUUCCUGACGGCUUCAAACUGAAAAAGGGUGACGGAGUAUACUACAUGGCCUAUGCAAUGGGCCGGAUGGCCUACAUAUGGGGCGACGAUGCUGAAGAAUUCAAACCAGAAAGAUGGCUCAAGAACGGGACCUUUCAACCUGAAUCACCAUUCAAAUUUGUUGCAUUCAAUGCUGGCCCUCGAAUUUGUUUGGGAAAAGACUUUGCGUAUCGACAAAUGAAGAUAGUAUCAGCAUCUCUUGUUCACUUCUUCAGGUUCAGACUAAGUGAUGACACUAAGAAUGUGACGUACAGAACCAUGCUUACACUUCAUAUCAGUGGGAGCCUCAACAUUCAUGCAGUUCCAAGAACAGGCUUGCUCAAAGUCUAAAUGUCAAAGAAUUCGUCUAGUGGAGACAGAGCCAUUCACAUGUACAGUUUAAGUAUAUAUGUAAAGAUAUGUUUCUUCAAAUGUACUUGUAUUUGAAUCAUAUAUGUGAAGAUAUCUUAAACGAUCAAGUGAGUGAUCAU